CUUUAUGCAUUAAGAUUUCAUAAUCAUGAACUCGCUUUGACUUUGACCGUAUCGGAGGACAACUAUAAACAUCAAAUGAUAAAAAGAAAGAAAAAUUCCAGAUCCAGUUUUUAAUCGAAAAUUUACUACUUAAUUUAUUUAGGCCCUUUUCCAAAUUUCUUAGCACUUUAUUAUUAGUCUUAUCCAUUAAUAAAAUGUCUCAUAAUAGCAGUCCAGGUCACACAUCUCCUAAUUCUUUCUACGAUCCAAGUUUUACUGCUGAAAUGACAUCAAAGAUGCGAGUUCCGGAUAAAAUAUGCGUUGUUGGAGGAGCUGAACCACCAGAUCUCAUUUUACCUCAACAUUCUGAGAUGAAAUCAAGAAUGAAUGUUCCCGAAAGGAUAAUUGUAGCCGGUGAUAAUAAGCACAUAGCUGUGAGAGAAUCUGUCCCAGAAUUGAAGUUUGAUACUCCAUUUCCAAAUUAUUUGCCUAACCUCGUACUUGCACCUCCCCCGAAUGUGUUGACGGUAGACGAGUAUCCUGCCGAGGUUAGCAAACCUCAGAAGCCUGAAACAAGGAAAGAAUAUGACACUAAUAAGGAUGAUGUAGGAUUAGGUGAUUUGCAAGAUACUUCAUUAAGCAUCUACGCUGCGGAUGACGAUCUGACCAAGCUCCGUGUGCAGUUGCGCCACCUUUCUCGAAGAGUCUUAGCAAUUGAACAAGAGAACCAACAAAGACAGCAGAGAGAAAUAGUUAUGUAUGCCAUCGGGGUAACUUAUAUACUAAUGAAAAGUCUUCUGUGGAUCCAUAGACAUUUGUAGUCUCUUUAAUAAAUAAAUAUUGUAAUGGUGACUUUUAGCAGACUACAUUUUGAUACAAUGUAUUGCGAACCAAUAUAAUUGUAGAUUAAGAUUUAUUUUAUUCUACUUCUUUAUUGUGUCUGUUUGUAGAUAAGUGACCGAAAUAGUUUUCUUUUUUAUUUAUAAAGUAGAGGCUUUUAUAUAUCGAAUUCUUUUCUAUUUUUUCCCUUAAACAUUUAUUAAAAAUAUGUACACGGGGUUGCCACUCCACAGGGAAAAUACAGGGAAUUUUGUUUCUUAUUUUAUUGUAGAUUAAGAAUUUUCUUUAUUUUAUUCUACUUCUUUAUUGUCUGCUUGUAGAUAAGUGCCCGAAAAUUCUAUCUUUAUAAAGCAGAUGCUUUUAAAUGUCGAGUUCCUUUUUUUCUUAAAAAUUUAUUAAAAAUAUGUACACAGGUGUGGCUUGCCACUCCACAGGGAGAACCUUGAAAAUACAGGGAACUUAAAAAUAACAGGGAUUUUUGUCUUUGUAAACUGGGAAUUUUGUUUCUUAUUUUAAAAAAUGUGCAAUCUAUGGGAUAUUUAAGGAUGAUAUUUCAGCUAUAUUAAACUAGUUCAUUAACUGUAGCAUUAAUUGUUUUAAGUACGUUCAGCUGUUCCUUUUUUUCUCUAAGUUUUUUUUAACAAUUAUAACAAGUAUAGUUAGCCUAAUAUAGCUCAUACAAGAGCAUAGUAAUUGUUGUGUUUCUUCUUAAUAUAUUGUAUAUAAUAUGUACAGGGAAUUUCUUUACUCCAAAUUUGAGCGGCAACCCUAACACCAACACUAUGAAACUCUUACUGCAGAAAGGAGACUGAAAAUAUAAAAAUUGUUCGAUUGCCUUAAAAGAAGCUGGGGGGGUAGUGAUUAUUAACAAUAUCACCUUUAUUCCCUACAUAAAUCUAACCGGUUUUGAUGAUUUCAGUCCCGGCUUUAAUUUAUUAAAUUUUUUUCCUUGUGUUUUCCAAUAAUAACUUGAUGUGCUACCUUCUUUUUUUUUUUUUAAUUUCAUAUUUGAAAAGUAUUCUAAAAUUAUGCAUUAAGAAUAUACAUCCUGUAUUACAUAUUUAUCUUGAUUUAUUUAUUAGAGCAGUUACUUAUUAUGUACUUAACUUAAAUACUUGUGUUUCGAUUCAAAUGAUGUUUGUUAGUUUUCUUACUGUCUGAUAAUUUGAUUUCAUAUAGUUGCGCUGUAUCGGUUCUGAGAAUUUUUCUUUUUAAGAUCUGUCUGUUUAAAAAAAUAUAUAAGUGCUAUUAAUGUCUGUCUAAAUAAUUUUACAAUAAAAAGCCAACUGCACUAAUAUUACAGCAAGUGACUGGGGGGGGGGAAGCAGUGUUAAUUUUUUUUUUCUGAUACAAGUUUUGGAUUUCUUAUUGACCUCUUGAUUAUUGUGACACUCUAUGCAAUUUCUAGACAAUCCUAAUUUUUCACUUUUUUUCAUUGAAAAUAAAUUUAAUCUAGUAUUAUGAACAUUUUUUUUUAAAACUUAAUACUGUUAAAUCUCAUCUUGUUGUCUGUGAUAAAUAAACUCCCACUUUUAAUCAAAUAUAUUUUUCCUUUAGUUUAUAAAAAUAUUAAUUGGGUAUAGAAUCGCAUUGUUCAAAAAAAAAUCUGAUGUAUUUGGUGUGAUUUCUUUAUUUUUCUAGUUGUAAGAAUAUUAGUAAGAUUCAAGAUAUUUAAUAAUAUUUCACAAUUAUUCAGCAUGUUGGUAAUUUGAAUAGAAAAGCUCUUGGCAAACAUAUAAUGUACUUACCAUUCUGAAAUAUAUUUGAUGUUAUAACUUCCAUUUUUAUCUUGUUAAAGAAUUUUUGUUAUGAAAUUUGAUUAAUUAUUUAUCACAAAAGGAAUUAACAUCUUAUAAUAAUUUUUAAUCAUAAAAAAAUUAGAUAUAAUUUUUUUCCCUUCAUAUAUCGUUCAAAAUAUACACAUCAUUUUGUGAAUUUAACUUCGACAAUUGCUGAUGUGAAUAUUUUGGGCCUUCUAUACAAAAAAGAUAGUUUUUUUGUUUUGUUUUUGAAGCGUUUAAAGUAAGAUAGUGUAAAAAGUAUAUGCUCCUAUGCUACACUUAUAUUAUUAUAAAAGCUUAGUAACAUAAGUAUUAAGUGUUACGUACAACCAAAUUAAAUUUUAACUAAAUAUUUGUGUAUUUAAUUGAGUCAGGGUUGCCACUCUGCAGGGAAUUUAAAAAUCAUAUAAAAUAAGUGGGAACUUAGAGUUUUUCCUUACAUGCUGCAAAAAUGCAGGGAAUUUUGAGUUUUUCUUUACAGACUAGAAAAAUACAGAAUAUUCUUAUAAUUUUCGAGUUAAAAAAGAACAUACAGUAAUGGAACAGUGAGACAAUUUUUAACCAAUAAUUAACAUCUUUUCACUGUAUGAACAUUAUACUUUUUACUAGCAAUUGGCAUUGUUUAUAAAGAAAUAAAAUCAAAAUUCUUCAUUACUUUCUCGGACUGGAAUGUGUGGUUUUGUAUGCACAUGAAAAAGCGAAUUGCAUUUACUAAAAUUAUUGUGUUUAAUUUCCUAGUUGAAUAAAAAAAAAAUCAUAUUGUUGCAUUGAAAUUUCCUAAUUUUUAUUAUAUAGAAAGAAUGCAAGUAAAAGUAUUUUGUGAAAUUAUUAGAGGGAUGGUUCGGUGGUUAAAAGUAAUAAAAUACAAAUACACAAAUUGAGAAAAUACAGGGAAUUUUUAUUUCUUAUUUUCGUCUUUUAAGAAAUGGUGACUACUCAAAGGUCAACCUAUGGGAUAUUCAUGGAUAUUUCAGCAAUACUAAACUAUUUUAUUUACUAUGGCAUUAUUUAAGUAAGCUCAGCUGUAAGUUUUUUCAACAAAUAAAACUAGUAUAAUUAGCCCAAUACAGCUCACACAAGAGCACAGUUAUUGUGUUUUUCCUUUUUACAUUGUGUAAAAUAUGUACAGGGAAUUUUUUAUUACAGAUUUGAGUGGUGACCCUGAAUAUGUAGUGAUUCAUAUUCAGGAAAACUUUUCAUGCAGGUGGCCUUCUGUAUGAAAGUUUUUUUUUUUUUUUUCCAAACGUUUAAGGUAGAUAGUGUAAAAAGUAUUUGCUCCUAUGCUGCACUUAUAUUAUUAUAAAAGCUUAGUAACAUGAGUAUUAUAUAAAACCAAAUUAAAUUUUAACUAAAUAUUUGUGUAUUUAAUUGAGUUUAUAUGGUGAAUUUUGUUUUCAAUUGUAGCAUUUUUCUCUGUUACGGAAAUAUUUGAAUGUUUUUUUUAAAUAAUUAUUUGUAUAUGAUGCCUUUAUGUAUAAACAAUAAAUAUAAAACAAAUAUUCUUUUCCAUUGUACAGAGAAAUUUUUUUUUUUUAAAUUGAAUUGUUUCAAGCUUUUUAUUCUUCUAAUGCCAUCGUGAUAUUUCAUGAAAGUUAUUUUUAUGAAAUAAAAAAUAUUUUUUAAAAAUUAUUACUACCCUCAAGUUUUUGUAACUUGAUUUUUGCAAUAACUUAGUCUACUUUUCAAUGACUGGGAUAUUUUUUGAGUUUCAAAUACGUUCAUUUGUAUAGAAUAUUCAUACGUUGAUAAUGUUAAAGAUUUUUUUUUUAUAAUUGACGAACAAUAAAGGAUAAUAACAUACCAUAUCUGCCAAGUCUACUGUUUUUAAAAGAAGACUCCCUUAUUUUACGACAAUCUGUCCCUUACGUAUAUAUUCUUGAAUUUCUCCGUAUCGACCGAGAAUGCUGCUGCGAUUCAUCAUGUGUAAUCGUUUUUUCUCCAAUAACAAACUCCAUUAUUUAUCUACGAGAGUCUGGUCAUAACUUCGUUUGUUUGCAUUGUAUUUUUACCAUAAACAUAAAUUUCUUUUUUUAGAAGUAUGACAGAUAUUAUGUUAUGUAUCCUAUGCAUUCCGCUUAGUAAUGUAGAGUACAAGAUAAUUUUGGCAAAAGUUUAAAAAAAUUCUCUCAAAAUUUCGCUCAUCAUUAUCGUCAUAGGCUCGACAGCCCAGGGUGGGCCUUGGCCUUCUCAAGAAGUUUUUUUCCCUGCUAGCGUUUCCCAUUUUUUACGACCAAAAGGUUUUUUCUUAACCAUCUAUCCAUCUCAAAUGUGGCCUGCCUCUUUUUUGUGUGCUAACUGGUCUGGCAUUAAAAACGCUUUUUGUGGUACGGUUUUCAUCCAUUCGGAUAACGUGGCCUGCCCAUUUUAUUCAUUGUCGUUUAAUAAAGUUAAUAAUGCCUGGUUCAUUGUAUAAGUGAUAAAGCUCUAACUUUGUUCAUCUAAGCACCACACUAUUUUUAUUUUUAUUUUCUCCAAAAAUAUAUCUCAAAACCUUUCUCUUAAAGGUACUCAACAUAACCUUAUCCAUACAAGAUAUGGUUCAGGUUUCACAACCAUAUGUUAAAAUUAAUAAUCUUAAAAGAUAUUUAUGUAAUAAAACGUUUGUUUUUCUAUGAAUUACAUUAGAUUUAAUGUAUUGAUUAAUAUUGUUCCUGUUGUUGAUAACAGAACUACCCAUUACUUUCUGACGAAACGCUUGAAAGCUUUUUUUUUUUUAUGAGAAGUAAUUUCCCCUGGUAACUUAUGUACAGAACUUUGAUAAAUAUUUCCUAUGCAAAGCCAAAUCAGCUACUUAUGUUUGAAAUAUGAAUUUGUAAAAUAAAGCUAAUUAUUUAGA